AACGAAAAUGGCAGAGAGUGCAGAUGACGCCGUGGUGUCUGAGGACGACUUACUGCACAAGAAGAUUACAGAUGCUUUUCAAGUCUUUGACACCAACAACAACAGUUCAGUGGAUGUCAAGGACACUGGUACCAUCAUGUAUUCACUGGGUUGCUUCCCUUCUCAGAAAGACAUAGAUGAACUUAAAGCUGAGGUAGAAGAUAAUAACACAGGAAUUGUCUUUCUGGACAAGUUUCUCCCAGCCAUGACCAAAGUGUUGCAGGAGAACAAGUUUCCUCCGAUCUCAGAGGACGUUCUUCUUCAAGCCUUUGAGGUUCUGGACAGAGAACAGAAAGGAUACCUGGACUCUGAGGAGAUGAUAGAGUACAUGACAAAGGAAGGCGACGCCUUCACUGAGGAGGAGAUGACAGAAAUGCUGUCAGCACUCGCUGACAAUGAAGAGAAGAUCAUCUAUUACAAAGACGUAAUAAGUGAAUUGACCUUUGAACCAGGCAUGUAA